AUGACUUGCGAGCAAAGAAAGAUAUAUGAGGAGAUUCUUUCUGCUGUUAAUAAAGGAGAUGGUGGAAUGAUUUUUGUUAGUGGUUUUGGUGGAACAGGGAAAACUUUCCUAUGGAAAUUGCUUUCUGCAGCUAUCAGAUCUAGAGGAGAUAUUGUUCUAAACGUGGCUUCGAGCGGCAUUGCAUCACUGUUGUUGUCUGGUGGUCGGACAGCACAUUCCAGAUUCGGCAUUCCUCUAAAUCCAGACGAGUUUUCUUCAUGUACUAUGAAGCAUCGAAGUGACCAAGCUAAUUUAGUGAAAGCCUCAUUACUUAUCAUCUGGGAUGAAGCGUCUAUGAUGAGCAAGCAUUGUUCUGAGGCUUUGGAUAAAAGUUUAUCUGAUAUUGUUCGGAAACACGACACACAACCAUUCGGUGGAAAGGUUAUCGUGUUUGGUGGUGAUUUUAGGCAGGUUUUUCCUGUUAUAAAUGGUGUUGGUAAAGCUGAAAUAGUUAUGGCCUCACUUAACUCAUCCUAUCUUCGGACGCACUGCAAAGUUCUUAAGCUCUCCAAGAAUAUGAGAUUGCUAUCAGCAGGAUUGUCACCAGCAGAGGCAAAGGAUCUUCAAGAAUUUCCAGAGUGGAUAUUAAAAGUUGGUGAUGGUAAACUUUCAGAGCCUAAUGAUGGUGAGGCAGAGAUAGAAAUUCCCUCUGAAUUUUUGAUUACAGACUGUAAUGAUCCUAUAGAAGCAAUCAGCGAAGAGAUUUAUGGCACAGCAACUUCAUUGCAUGAAAAGAAAGAGGCCAAGUUUUUUCAAGAGAGAGCUAUCCUCUGUCCAACUAACGAGGAUGUUAAUAAAGUUAAUGAAUAUAUGUUGGACAAGCUAGAAGGUGAGGAAAAAACUUAUAACAGUGCUGAUAGCAAUGAUCCCUCUGAUACAAGUGCUGUAAACAAUGAAGCUCUUAGUGCUGAUUUUCUAAACACAAUUAAAGUUCAUGGUUUACUAUACCAUAGUCUUAGACUAAAGGUUGGUUGUCCUGUUAUGGUUCUGAGAAACAUAGCUCCUACUGAUGGCUUAAUGAAUGGGACGAGACUGCAGAUCACUCAGCUAAUGGAUUUUAUGAUUCAAGCUAGGAUUAUAACAGGAGUGAGGAUUGGGGAGAUAGUUAAUAUUCCUAGAUUGUUAAUAACCCCUUCUGACACCAGAUUGCCUUUCAAAAUGAGGAGAAGGCAACUGCCUCUUGCUGUGGCUUUCGCAAUCACAAUCAACCAAAGUCAAGGACAAUCACUAUCUAAAGUAGAUCUUUAUCUACCAAGACCUGGCUUUUCACAUGGUCAGUUAUAUGUUGCUGUUUCUAGAGUGACUUCCAAAAAGGGAUUGAAAAUUCUGAUUUUAGAUGAAGAUGGCAAACCACAGAAACAAACUAAGAAUGUAGCUGAGGUAUCGCAUGUUAUCUGUGGUGGAUGA